UUAAGUCUAAACCCCAAAUUAUAUAAAGUACGUAAUGCAUUUGGAAAAUUGCUAUUAAAAUUAAACAAAAUAAAAUAUGCUAAAAAGCAAUUUAAGAUUGCCCUCGAAAGUGCAACAGAAUGUCCAGAAACUUUAAGUWAUUUAGGAGAUCUUAAUUAUAUGAACUGUAAAUUUGAAAAAGCUAUUUCUAACUAUGAAAAAGCUUUAGAAAUUAAUUCUGAUCUAAAGGAUACUCAUAUUAGUUUGGGAAUGGCUUAUCUAAAAGUUAAAGAGUUACCAAAAGCAGUUGAUGAAUUUCUAAAAGCACUAGAUUUAGAAUCAGAAAAUGUGUUUGUUUUAAGAAAUUUAGCAGUUACAUACUGUUAUCAAGAAAAUAUGAUAAUGUCUGUGGAAGUAUUCAAAAAGUGCUUAAAACUUCAACCUGAAAACUUUGAUUUUAAUUUAGAUUUGGCUUUGAUAUAUUUGCACAACCUUAAAAAUUAUCAAGAAGCUAUAAUAUAUUUUAAAAAAUGUAUCCAGCUAAAUCCAGAAAGGAAAGACCUUUACAAGAAUCUCUUUACUGCAUACUGGAAGUCUAAUGAUCAUCUAAAUGCGUCUGUUACUUGUAUGUCAUUGGGUGAAUUAUAUUUAGAAAAUGAUGAUCAAGAAAAUGCAAGAAACGCAUUUACUUGCGCAAUUCUUUGGAAUCCUGAGAAUGCAUAUGGUCAUUGGAAAGUGGGCUUGACUAUGUAUAAUCUAGGCCAUUUUGAAUUGGCUUUAAUCAGAUAUAAAAAAGCUAUUGAAUUGAAACCUAAUUUGGUGAACGUAUAUUGUGAUAUUGCCAUAAUAUAUGAAGAAAAAGGUCUUUCUGAAAGGGCCAUGGAAUAUUAUAAAAUGGCAAUUCAAUUAGAACCAGAUCAUCUGAAUACUUUGUACAAUUUAACAUAUUUGAAACAGAAAUUAGAUCAGAUCGAUGACGAAAUUGUCGACAUCUAUCAAAGAAUAUUACAAAUUGAUGAAUCGGAGGCUUUUGAUUUACAUAMAAAUUUAGCAGAUAUUUUUAAGACAAAAGGAAAUUUUACUGAUGCUCUCAUGCAUUAUGAAAAAGCUUUGGAAUAUGACAAUACAUGUGUAAAAAUUUAUAUGCAUAUGGGAAAUAUAUAUUCAGACUUAAACAAAAGUGAAGAUGCAAUAUGUUGUUUUAAUAAGGCAAUUGAACAUGAUCACAGUGCUUAGAAGCUUAUAUUUAAGUUGAAUAUCUCUGACCACCAUAACGAUUUGUCAUUGGUAGCUGAAAUUUAUCGAUGCUGCUAAAGUUAUAAAUUAUGAUGGAAUCCAUAUUAUAUUGGUUGACAUGAGUGCUUGUACAAAUGGUGUCUAAACUGAAAUAUUUGCUUUAAAACUGACUCAAAUUCAAGUUUCAUGGCUUGGUUACUUAAUACCAGUUCUGUAAAAUUCAUGGAUUACUUCAUUACAAAUGCAUCUUAUAAAAUAUUAGAAUAAAUAGUUGUUAUUUAAAAAUGCAUAGUCAA